UUAGCUGCUUAAAUUUAAAGUGUGAUUUCUCAGCGUAAAAAGCAUGAUCAAUGAGUUCUCCUACACAAAGCUUAAACUUCUGUUCAUCAAUGUCUUUGUCAUAUUGCACAAUGCCACUUAUUUGAAUGUAUAUCGCCUAUAUGGAGACUUAAGAAAUGUUAAGGAUGAAGUUGAUGGCUCUAAUGAGGAGAUUUGGAUCAGGGAAAUCUUCACUUUUCUCAUCAGUGGUCUCAUAGUUGUCCGAUUCCUAUUGAGCUUUGUUGGAUUAGCUUCGAACAUAGUGGCCAUAUAUCCCAUUUUAACUAAUUCUCAGGCUGAGAUGCUUAUGCCCACCAUUAUUGUGCAAGCAAUUGACAAUGUGAUCCUGAAUCUCUAUGAGAUUAUUUUGGGCUAUGGCAGUUUGUGCUAUCUUUAUCCUGAAAGUACAGCUGUUUUUAUCUAUUUUCUUUUUAAGAUGGCGGUGAAGAUCGUCUGCAGCAUUUCUGCACUAAAUAUUUAUUCCGAUCAGCACAAUCACUUGGUAAGUCUGCUAAACUUCAACGAGGAGUCCCAGAGCUUUGGACCAGAUAGUGUGGAUGAAAUUGAGUUGGCUAACCAAAAUUUUGAUGUAGCUAGCUAAACUUAAGGAUUUCCCCCAUUAAAAACUAUUUGUAAUAAUUAUUGUACUAACCGGUGGAAUCUUGUUGACAUCAAUGAUUUGUAUAAUCAGCAAUCCGCGACCCUAAAAUGUAAAUAGGAUUAUAAAAACUUUAAA